GGCCCCGGCUGAGGAGAACGCGGGGCCCGAGCCGGCCAUGCCCCCGAUGGCGGCGGCGCGGCUGUGAGGCGGCGGGCGGAGGACGACGACGACGACGACGACGAGCAGAAGGCGGCCCCGGCGCUGCCCCCCGGGGGCCGGCCUCCCGCCAUGCUGGGGCCCGGCGGGACCGGGGCCCGGUGGCCGCCGCUGCUGCUGCUGCUGCUGCUGCCGCCGCUGUGGGGCCCGGCGGGGGCGGCGGGACUGGCCGACAGCGUCAUCUGGGCCGUCAACGCCGGCGGAGAGGCGCAUGUGGACGUGCACGGCAUCCACUUCCGCAAGGACCCGCUCGAAGGCCGGGUGGGCCGAGCCUCGGACUAUGGCAUGAAGCUGCCCAUCCUGCGCUCCAACCCCGAGGACCAAAUCCUCUACCAGACGGAGCGCUACAACGAGGAGACCUUCGGCUACGAGGUUCCCAUCAAGGAGGAGGGCGACUACGUGCUGGUCCUGAAGUUCGCCGAGGUGUAUUUUGCCCAGUCGCAGCAGAAGGUGUUUGACGUGCGCUUGAACGGCCACGUUGUGGUGAAGGACUUGGACAUCUUUGACCGAGUCGGGCACAGCACAGCUCAUGACGAGAUCAUCCCCAUCACUAUCAAGAAGGGGAAGCUGAGCGUCCAGGGAGAGGUGUCCACCUUCACUGGGAAACUCUAUAUUGAGUUUGUCAAGGGAUACUAUGACAAUCCCAAAGUGUGUGCUUUAUACAUCAUGGCGGGGACAGUGGAUGAGGUGCCCAAGCUGCAGCCUCACCCUGGCCUGGAGAAAAAGGAGGAUGAGGAGGAUGAAGAGGAAUACGAAGAGGGCUCUAGCAUCAAAAAGCAGGCCAAUAAGAACCGAGUCCAGUCGGGCCCCCGCACCCCGAACCCCUACGCCUCUGACAACAGCAGCCUCAUGUUCCCCAUUCUCGUGGCCUUUGGUGUCUUCAUUCCGACCCUCUUCUGCCUCUGCCGGUUGUGAGAGCGAGCACCAUCUUGGGGGGCGGGAGGGAAGGGCAUAGGAAGGAGUUAGACCAAACACUGUUGGUUUGGAUCUCUCCAUAUUUUUCAUAAUUAUGAACAAAAAAGUUUAAAAAAAAAAAGACGCAGCAGGGCAGGGAGCACCGUGAGUAGUGGGUGAGGCCCUCCAGGCUUGGGCCAACCUAGUUUCACUCUGCCCCCUCCUCCCCUUCUCCGCGCCCUCUCCCGCUUGGCCUCCUUCCUCUCCGAGGCACUUGAAGCGAAACUGGAUCCUCCUUAUGUGAGUGGAGCAGCAAAGCUGCAGGAGGCCGACGCCCUGAAGACUCUGGCCCCGUGUCUCCCGUGGCAGGGAUUCGGCCCCGGGCAGCCGAGGACUCCGGGAGGGGCGGAGGACCAGAUAUAAUGUUCCCUUUUUAAGAUGAAAUAUUUAUCGGCAAUUAAGCAGAGCGGAAUGGUGUUUUAUUCCCUGACAGAACCAGCGGUGGGAAUUAAGCAUGGUCUUAAAAGUUUUCCCCCACCGACCCCAAUACGUUCACCGGUGUCCCUGGGGAGGGAGCGUGGGUUUUGCGUGCGGGUGUGUGUGUGUGUGUGUGUGUUAGGGGGCAGAUAUGCAAUGAGCUGAAGAGAGGGUGAGUCUUCUCCGGGAAUUUGCAUUUUAGAAAAAAAGACAGCCUCAGAGGUUCUCAUAUCCAAGCGGAGUCCUCACUGGUGGUAUUUCAGAUCAGAUUUCCAGAGGGCUCCGGGAGCUGCCGCAGCACAUUGAUCUCCUGACUCUGAUCUGGGCUAUUCCACGGCAGCCAGUUUGCAUCCUCUCCUGAAACUGGCUUGGAGUCUGCUGGCCAGAUCAGACCCUUUUGCUCUCAGUUCCCAGUGGGGCUGUGUUUACUUUCACUCUACUCCUGGGUGGCUCAUUUCAAUCCUCGUCCUCCUUGUCCACCUCCCCACUAGAUUGUUCCCUGAAGGAGUUUGGGCGGGCGGCGGCACCUCUCUGGGCCUCCCUUUCCUCUCCCCGCCCCCCCCAUAACCUCCCCAGUGGCAGGGCCUGCCUCCCUUAAGGAAAUCUGUGCAACCCUGAGGCUUGACCAAGCAGCUCUUUGCAGGGGCCCUCUGUCAUCUCUCAGUGCCUACAUUUCCAACCCGUGGCAAUAAAAGAUUCGACUUCAAAAGGCCCCUUUCUUCUGAGUCUGAAGCUGGUAGCAGAUUUGACCUCUGCCCUUGGGGCAGUCAGGGUCUCAUUUCUCGAAGGCCUUCCCGUCCCCAGGGAGCCAAUUGGAUUCCAUGAGACGGGUCCUGAGGCAAGAGGUCCUGGCCCACCCCUCCCUGGGGGUUCAUCCGUUUGGGUUCGGCCUUUUGACCUGGCCUCUCUUGGAGGGUCACUGGGGGACAGUCCAGACCGCUGGGACGGGGAGACAAGGACGGCGGGGGUGGUCUCCACUCCUGGCACCCCCCUCACCGGCUUGGCCCCGAUACUGCUUUGUGAACCGCAGGCUCGACUGCAGGAAAUGAAGGCCCCUUUGGCUGGCACGCUUCCCCGCCACCGCCGAGUGGAGCAGUGAGGCGGGGACCCUUGGAAGAGGCCAGCCAGGCUGCAGGAAGUUCCAGGGAGGGAGGCUGGCUAGCUCCGAGGUCAGAGACUCCAAGGAGGAGUAGGGGGCUGACGGGGAGAUCCCGGGGCCAGGCCCACCCCCAUGAUUUCAUCUUGAGGAAACCAUUCAUUGAGCCACUCUCUUCCCGGAUAAGGAACGGGAAGUCCCAGUGCCCACAUACAGUAGGCACUCGGUAAACAGGAUUGAGUGAUUGAUGGAUCGGUCGGCUCUCUCGGGAACCCGUUCUGGUCCCGGACUGAUGGCGCCACUCCGGGCCAGAACUCAGAUGCUCCGAGUCCCUCGGUCCUUCAUCGGCCGGGACGGUCUCCGACACGAAAGCUGGCGCGGGCACUCGAUCCAGUCGUGCGAGCUGACGUGAGGUACUGGCCCGAGGUUCCGGCUGAGGAGGAAUGACUCUGCCCCUGUAGGCCCGACCCGUUGCCCCGGGGGGGGGGGGAGGGGGCACUAGCACCCAGGGACCUUGUGCUGCUCCUCAGUAGGAAAAAAAUUCAGAGGGAGGAACUCCCUGCUGGUUCUGUUUGGACUUGUUUCAUUCUUUGCUCAGCAAGAUUGGGAUGGGGAGAGCUGUAGAAGCUUCCCCCAUUCUUCAGUGACCAAGGGGCCCAGGCUGAAACCCUGGGGCCCGUGGCCACUUCCUAACGGUACUGUUUAAAUUGGAGAAAAAAAAAGAGAAAAAAGCAGGUUUACUUCUGCCUCGGUUUCAAGUAAACUACAGGCGAAAGAGGAAGGCUGGAGGGAGUCGGGCGGUCAGAGGCCAGAGCCCCCCCUUAAGCCAAAUCCAUUGAGCUGCCAAGUCUGUCUGGGGCUGUCUGCUGCUUGGCCGCAGCUCUGGACUUGACUUCCAGCCGGACGCUGCCAAGCCCGGUAUCCUGCUAGACUCCGACGAGAGAGGUACAUGAAGUUUUAACUUAGAGAACGGGGCCUCGGUUAUUUUUAUUUUUGUAUUGUGUGUAUGCGUAUUGGGAAAUGAUUCCGUCGUUCAGCUAUUGCCUUUUGCCGCCGGCAGUUCCCAUUUGUGUCUGGAGCAAUCUGAGGAGUUGGGGCAAGGGAGAGGAGGGUAGGGAGCCCAGGUGCCAGGGUCGGGGAGGAGGAGGACUGUAGAGACCACACUUGCCCCUCCAGGAGCCCAAAAGCCCCGACUCGCUCAUCUGGGAUGAAACCCGGCCUCGGCUCUGAUCUUGAACUCAGGUCCCCAGGAAGCUGGAGCUUUUUCUCCCGGCUCUCGGCUGAGGAUGAAGCAUUUGUGGGAAAAAUUCUGCCCCGGCUCCGUGGGGUCUUGAGCUCUCCUCACCCGAGACUUGAAUUUGCAAAGGGCUCAUUUUCUUUCCCAAGUUCCCCACCCUGUGAUAUGAAGAUCCACAUUUGAACUUUUCCACCCAGGAAAUCCCCACCUUCAUUUGAGAGUCCCUUUUUCUCCUCCCUAUCUCUCCCCUGCCAUUAGCCUAAAGGGUCAAGGGCUGGGGAAUUAGGUGACCUUAUGUUCGAGGCCAUUCAAGGUGUCUCAAAUUGAGUGCUGUGGCAUGAGACCAUCCACACCUGUGCUGUUGGAGGGAAGGGCUGGAUGGAAGGAUACAAUAUACUGACCUCCCUCCCCACUCCGGUCCCUUUGUCCUCCCCCUCGCAGCCAAAGCCAAUGCCUUCUUGAAAUAAGGUUUGAUCCCCGCUCUGUCUGGAGAAGCUUCUGUUUUAAGGAAUUUCUCUUUCUUCCUAAAGCAAUUUUGUGUGAGGCCUGGCUCUGGCACCCUGAGGGCCUGAGCCAAACUUGAAACACCUGAAGCGUUUCCUUCUUUUUCCCACCUCUUGAAUCUAUUCUCUACAAGCCUGCUAGUAUCUGGGCCUCCGGGGAAAGGAUGAAAUGAAGUUGGGGGUGGUUCCUGUUCAGCCCCAAGCCUUUCUCUGUCUCUCCUGCUCCGAGCUGGAGAGGUCUUUGCCCUGGAGGUUCAGAUCUUAGGGCUCGGCUGUCAAGAAACAGGUUUCUGCCUCGGCCAGCCGUUGAGUCUCCUCCUCCUCCUCCUUGCCUGGAACCAGCUGGCAGUAUGCGACUGUCUCUUCUUGGCCGGGUCGGAAGACUGAAUAGAACAUCUUUUUUAGAGCCGGUUCCUUCCCACAAGCGGGGAGGGCGUUUUGUCCCAUUACUGCUCUUUGAGGCCCAAAGGGGUCUUCCCAACGGCAGAAUGUUCUUUCGAGAUCCGGGGGGCUUCUGACAUUUCUGGAAACAACCGGUCAGCCCCCUGGGGUGAUAGGAAAGGGCCUCCUCUCCUCUCCUCUCCAUGGGGCUCUUGGGGAAGGGGAUCGUGGUAGGACGGGCAAAGGCAGAGUUGGAGCCAUUUGGUUCGGUUAGAACUCUGGGAAGGAAUCCGUUCCCAUCCUCCUGUGGAAGGAUGGUGGUUAGAGGUCAGAGGCCCAAACGGCAGCAAAGUCUUGGGCCCAAGCCUCAAUGAAAUGAAGAGGCAGCCCUUCCCCGAUAUCCCCCUGGGCAGUUCAACCCCUCCUAGGAGGCUCUGACCACCCGGACUUAGGCUCUUCAGGCAGACCCUCGUAGAGGGAAAGGGGCUGGGGCCAUUUGCCUUUAAGUGGUGGGGAUGGGACUGACCCAAAAAGCCAGGCCUCUCUCUGCGUGGCACCCUGCUUAAAACGGCUCAAUACUUUUGUCUUACACUUUGCCAAUUGCCUUUCAGCUGGGCUGUCCUAAGUAACAGUAUGAACCCAGGCCAGGGGAAUGCAAGGGGGGCUAGCCGGGCAAGGAGGGAGCAGAAAGACCACCUCCAGCCCCCGUCCAGUGGCCGACGGCGGUGCCCGUCGCAGAGUUCUCCGACCCGGUGUGCUGGGGCUGGCCUCUCUGGGCUGUGGGAAACCGGGGCCCACCUGACCCAGCCCUGAGCAUGAACACCUGGCUGCCUGGAACCACAUGCCGCAUCUCUCCGUGAUUGCUUUCUCUUUGGGGUUUCAAUAAGUGCUUUAUUUAAAUGAAAGAAAAAAAUCGCAAGUGCUUUCCCUCCUCCAACACAAGCUAAUGGCAAGGGAGAGAUUCCUGGUGGGGGGGGGGGGGGAGCUUCCUUUAAUAAUCCAGGAAAUGAAAAGUGAUUUGACCCUGGAUCUUUUCCCUCCAGGAUCGCUUCUCCCUAAACCACGGGUGAUUGUCCACCCAAGUUUGAGGGCAGAAGCUGAUGCCCACCUGCCCCCUCUCCCCCCGCCUUCGUAGAUUCUAGCUCAAACCGGGUGAACCGGGCCUUUGAUCUUUCUGGCUCGUCAGGAGACCUCAGGCCUCUUGAACUGCCCUUGUCCGCUCCAACCUGCAGAAGCGCAAACAAAAAAGCAUCAAGUGUCCAGCAGUUGCCAGGGACUCUAGACCAUCUGGCUCUGCAGCCAUUCCUUGGGCACAUAGAGCAAGCAUCCCGGGGGCAAAAGGACGCAGGCCGGCAGCAAAGGGGGACGGAGGACAGAGAGGUGAGGGUGGAUGGGGUUGGGACAGCUUUUCCCCUUCCCUUCUAGGCUUUCUUAGCUUGCACUUAACUGUGCUCUAGCCUCCCCCCCAACACUUUCCCAGGGUCAAGAGGAUGGUUUCACUGUCCAUUGCUUUGUGUUUUAAUAAACAAUUUGCAGUGAUGUUUGCAUUUGGGACUGAACUUGGGCCUGGCCGGGGAGUGUCAUCUGGGGAGGGGGCGGGGGGCGGAGGCCAGGGAUGCUCUUGCAAAUGGGCUGGGGUGAUUUUCAUGUAGCUGUGUGUCUGUUUUAUUUUUGUUUUUAAAAACCUUCCCAGAUUGUUUGAUUGAGGGAGUAUUCUGUAAUACCUGCCUGGCCGUUUUAACCAGCAGCGUGUUAAAAGGAAAUAAACAAAAUUAUAUUGUCACUUG